AGAGAGGGAAACAGGGAGGAAGAGUGAGGAGGUGGGGAGUUAUUUUCACAGAGUCUAAACAGUAGCCUGCCUCUCUCCGUCGCCGCUGUGGGUUGUGCAGUCCCUUUACGCGGGGAGCAUUACGCGUCACUGGACUGUAGAGCGAGGACCCCGCACUUUUCCACCCCCCAGCCGUGAACUAUUUCAGGCUCUCAUCCAUCCCGCGCUGUUUUGGACCUACAUUUAUCCCGCGUUUAUUUACAACAGAAGUCUGGACCAUUCGUCUUGUUUGUUUUUUUUUUUUUUUUUUUUUUUUUUUUUUUUUUUUUUUUUUUUUUGAACGUUUGGAUCUAUUGCUCCCGAGACGCGCUUUUAAGAUGCAUGUGGGGCGCAAAUCGUGUUGGAGGCAGCUGCAGGCUUCUUUUUUCAGACUGCUCUGUCUUAUCCCCACAGGAUUCCCCGUCCGGAGUGUGGAUAUGCAGCGGGCCACCGACAACAUCACCAUCCGCCAGGGCGACACGGCGAUUAUAAGGUGUUAUGUUGAUGACAAAGUCUCCAAGGUGGCCUGGCUCAAUCGAUCCAACAUUAUUUUUGCUGGUGAGGACAAGUGGUCCCUGGACCCCAGAGUAGGCCUGGUGACUAAAGGGCAACUGGAGUACAGCCUACGCAUACAAAAGGUGGAUGUGUAUGAUGAAGGCUCAUAUACCUGCUCCAUACAAACCAAGCAGCAGCCUAAGACCUCACAGGUGUACCUCAUCGUACAAGUUCCAGCUACAAUCUACAAGGUGUCAGAAGACAUCAUUGUAAAUGAGGGCAGCAACGUGACACUCAGCUGUUUGGCAAGUGGCAGGCCGGACCCUCUAAUCACCUGGCGGCUGCUCAACCCCUCAGCCGAGCCGCUGGAUGGAGAGGAGUACCUGGACAUUAUAGGCAUCAUGAGAAACCAAGCAGGUCGUUAUGAAUGCAAAGCCAGCAACGAUGUCGCCACACCUGAUGUCAAAUAUGUCAACGUUGUUGUCAACUAUCCUCCGUCAAUAAGGAAAACCCAGAGCUCAGAGCCUCCGGUGGGCCGCAUGGGGACCCUGCAGUGUGAGGCUGCCGCCGUGCCCACACCGGAGUUUGAAUGGUACAGAGACGACAAAAGGCUGUCUAAUACUCAAGGCAUCAAUAUCCAGAUGCUUGGCGGUAACACUAUCCUCAUGAUUGCCAAUGUCACUGAAGAAGAUUACGGGAACUACACCUGUGUGGCCUCAAACCGUCUGGGUGCUCAGAGUGCCAGCGUUUUCCUCUAUAGACCUGGGACGGGUCGAGACAUCAACGGCUCUGCCUGUGCAUCUCUAUCACUGUGGCUCCUGUUGGCCUCCUUCGCCUGCCUUUUCUUCAAGUGUUAAUACCGUCCGUCAUCCAGCUCUCUUGCUGACCCCACCCCUGACCGCCCAGCCCUCCACCCGCCCCCCUGCUUUCCCGUCCUCCCGCUCUUCAACUCAAUGACAUCCUUUUCGCUACCUUAUUACCAACGCUGCCGCCUCCCUCCCGCAGACUGUUUGCAUCACAGUACAAAAACCUUAUGUGCUCUUGAGCACGGCUUACAGAUAUUAUGAGAAGCGAUGAAUUAUGAUCGAGUAAGAUGUUUUACCAACAAAUAAAAACAGCGGAAUGAAGGACAAAACAAGCAAACAGUGCUCUUACAAAGAUUUGUGAUGUUGUUUUUAAUUUGUAUGCACUAUUUUGUGUCUGUAACAUCUUGUUUUUGGGUCUGGAUUUGGAUCUUUUCCCCUCCGACACCCUUUAUUUUUCAGGGGGAUAAAAGCAGAAGCAUCCCAAAAACUGGGAUACCAACAAUCAGCUCUUUUGAGUACAUCUAAGAUCUAUUAUGUUAUUGUGUGUUUAACCCAUACAUUUAAUAGCAACAUGCAAAAUAUCUGCCAAAUAUACACCAAUAUUUGAAGCUAAAGUGUGAAACUCAAAGGGAAAAAACUAAUGUAUCUGAUUUUUAUUUUGCUUUUAUUUUUUUGACGAAAUGAGAUUUUGGUGUUGAAUGUGUCCAACUAUGACAUGAGGCGACUCAGCUGGAACACAGAUGCAGAGCCUUAGCAGGACAGCUCUUCACUCAGUAACAUUUGGGCUAUGGCAGUCAAUCUUAGAGAGGAGGAUGCAGUGAGCGAAUCCUUCCGAACAAAACCAUCCUUUACGUCCUCAUCCAGUGGCUUUGCUACUACCCGCCUUUAUUAAAAAAAAAAGGAAGAACUGACAAAAAAAAAAAAAAGAUACCCAUGUAGGUUAUAAUUAUGCGUACUGUACAUAGUUCAAUUUUGUAUCUCUCUAAGACAAGUUCUGCCACUGUAACACCAGGAUUUCAGAGAACGUUGUUGCAGCGCGUACUUUUAGCUGAGAUAUUUUAGGAUCGUUCUGCUAGACAGUGGGGAUUUGGAUAAAAAAUAUAUAUACACGUAUGACACCAAUGAAUGACUUUUAAGUUCUUUCCUCUUUCUCAAAGAGUGUUUGUUUUACUAUGACAUGGUACAGAAAUAUUCAUGACAAUAUAUGAUGCUCAUGCUAUUUUUUUCCAUCUUUGUCUCAUUCAUUUUUGCAGCACACUUCAGCCAAAAUACCUUAUGUACAAUACCAACCACGUUUAUUGGCACCUCCGGUAAAGAUGAAUAAACUGCCUUAAAAUAAAUUUAUUGUAGCAACCUGAUCUCACAAAUAAUAACACCGAGUAUGUUUAUUCAGAGUGGACAAAAGUACCAUGUUAAGAAAAUUGUUUCUUUUCACUACAAGACUGGUGGCCCCCAUGUUGGUACAACUUUGUAGAACCCCAUUUUCCCAGUACGAUGAGUAAAACUUAACCUCUUAAAAAAAGAUUACAAGGAUGAACUGGGCUGGCUAUGGAAGACGUUUUCGAGGUUUAUGCUGGUAGGACAGACACUUUUUUUCCGGAAACCAGUUGACAUGACAUAAAUAACUACAACUGUAGAGAUUCUGUGUACAGUUCUCCAGCAGUUACUUUUGAAGAAUUUUAUUUUUUUUAUAUAGCACGAUACUAAAAACCAAAAAACAUGUUAAGGUGAUUAAUUUGCUUAUGUUUAAAACAGCUCAGCAACAACUACAUCUGCUGCUGUGGAAAAAACACGACUAAAUUCAACGUAUUAAGUAUUUCCAUCUUGUAAUUGUGCCCUUUCUUUAGUCAGCUGACUGGCAGUGUGCAGCAAAAGGGCAAGGAGGAGCAGCACUGUGCUACUUUACUCUCUGUCUCGUGAAACUCCAGACUCUUUGGGUUAAACGUAGAACCAUUUAAUGGUUUUGAGCCACUUUUUUUUUUUAAGCUUUGUACACCAAUAACCAGGAAUGAUUGCACAAUUGAUUAUGAUUAAGAAAUUUCUAUAAUUUCCAAUUAUGAAUGCGAAAGUAAGCCUUUAAAAAAAAAAAACUUCAGUUACAUUUAUUUUUCAGGAAUUUCUAAGAGUGUUGAUGAUUUUUAUUAUCAGUGAUUGUUUCUUAAAACAGUAUUUUUCUCCACUGAAUGUAUUCAAAUGCUAAAUAUUUUAGUGGGACAAAAUGAUCCUGGAAUAAAGGAUGAAUUUAUUUGAAGGCAACAACUUUAGCGCUGGUGCACUGUAUAAAAAGAGAAAUCUGAUGUUUCUUUAUAGGAUAGCAUCUUAUUGAGGCUUGUAGGUCUUUUAAACUGACAGGCGUACAGUUUUGAUAGAAGCCUGUUGGAUGGGAAUACAAUAAGGCAAAGUUAUGCAUUAAAAGCAGAUAGUUCUGUGCCGUUGUCGUCGUCGUACUUAUUCUUGAGUUGACAUUUUUGUUUUUAAGAAUGCAGUAUUAUGGUUAGCUUGCAAUGCUCAUUCAAAUGCCUGAACUUCAGCACGAGAACUGAAUAUUAACAAGACACUGGACAUGACUCCUCUCAAUCGCCAGCAAAAAGUGAUUAAAUUUAACUGCAGCCAAUCACCAAGGCCUUUGCCAAAAGCUGUCGCAGAAUUUAUUUCUGCAGGAACUACAUGUCUGUGGGUUGUUCUCUACUCACUCACAGAGGUGCAGUUCAGGGGCGCAGCUGUGUGGCUCAGUGAACCUGCUGCACUAUUAGCUGCCUUUUUUUUUUUUUGUUACCAUUUUCUUUGACCUACUGUAAAGCUGCAAUCCUUUGCUUAGCUCAACACUACCAAUUGUCGGUCAUCUGGAAACAAACAUUUAAUUAUCGUCAUUUUCACCGUGUAUUUAAAGACUCGUUUCAGUGUUUCCAUGGUGAUUGCCUCUGAGGUUGCAGCUGUCUGUGGUAGUGAUGUUGAACUUAAAAUCUCGUAUGCUUUUUACUUGAAGUGCUGUUUUGGUCACACCAAAUCCAAUAUCACAUUUCUGACUCUUGGAGGUGUUAAGGACUCUGCUUAUUUUAUGCUUUCACCUUCUUGCACAAUUUUUUUCAUUUGUUUUUGUUUUUUAUGCAUACAGUAUAUACCUGGUGUGUUUUAUUUCUUUGCAGCAUACAUUAGGCACAGCAAUAUAAUUUAGUUUUUGUGGAAUAGAUCUUAGCAGGUCAGUUUACCUGAGAGAAAUGUUGAUUCCUCCUCCUCCGUUUCUUCUGUCUUUUUAUUUAAAAUAAGGGCAGAACAGAGAAUGGCUGACCUGAAGCAGAUGACCAGAUGUAGACUUUUUUUUUCUUUUUGCUUCCUGGCUUUUUUCAUCAGUUAAGUUGAGGAGACUAAGACAGACAACCAAUCUUGUUUAAGAAAACAACUUCUAACUGCCUCAAACCUUCAUUUUAGCAUUUGUAUGCAUGGCCUCUGCUUAAAAGCAAAACCUUUAAGGGAACUCUGAUUAAUGGAUUUUAAGUUGAUUUAUAGACUAUCUUUGUACCAUUCAGGUUGUUCAAGUGCAUGAGGCUAAGCUCAGCGGUGUGGGUGCCCAAGCACAUUCAUGCAGGUUAAAACCAGCUAAAUAGCACCGACUUACAGUGCCUUGCAAAUGUAUUCAUACCCUUUGAACUUUUACACACUUUUUGUCACAUUGUAGCCAUAAACUCUGAUGUGUUUCAUUAGAAUUUUAAGUGGUGAAUAAUUUCGGUAUAAAAUGAAAAUGACACAUGGUUUUCAAAACUUUUUGAUACAUGUAGCAUAUCAUUUGUAUUCAGCCUACCCACCUCUGCAGUCCCCCAUACAUAGGAAUGUCUACUUAUUCUAAACUGGAACGUCAUUUAUAAAAACACAGAUUUGUCCAGACGGGACCGUUUACAUAAAUGUUUUUAUCUAUUCGUAAAUACAGAGCAGUCCUACACAUUGUUUUUACUCCACCACCAGUGUAAGUGGUGCUAAAUGUUGAGUAUGGAAUAUAAAUAUAAGGCCUCCAUAGAAGAUUAGUGGUAAACACAACAUGGAAAAAAAUCGCAAACAACAAAACACACAAGUGGAGACAUUUGUAGAACUUUUUGCAGUUGCUGCAAACUUUUAAUGAAGUUCUGCACUGCCACCAACUUGUAAUCUGCCAUUGUUGUUAUGCAUAAUCCAUACAGCAUGUGAAGUUGAGCUAAUACGUCAGCAUUGUCACAAAAGAUGCAUUUUUGUCGUCCAGAUUAAUAUGUUGGGGCUAAAAUUUCACUCUUUAACCUGUUUUUUUGAUAAACAAAAAACAUUUUCUGUCUACCUUUGUUUUGAAAAGUGCUCAAAAACGUUACACAAAAAACAUCUCUGUAGCUGCAACUACAGCUGUAAGCCUUUAGGGAUACAUCUCUGCUAGUUUGUAGUAAUUAUUUCAACUAAAACCGUUUUCCCCAUUCUUGCAAAAUCACCAAAGCACAGUAAGCUUGGUUUGAGGACCCAUUAACUUUAUCCACCAUCACCGUCCUAGUUAAAGAAAAACAUCUCCACAGCAUGAUGCUACCUCUGCUGUGUUUCGCUCUGUGGGAGAAGAGUUUGCACCAUUCGUUUUCAUAGUGAAAAAGUUACAUUUUUGGUGUCAUGUGAGCAGAGCAUGCUUCAUCCAUGUUUGGUGUGCCCACAUGAGACUUGAGGCAACCUGCAAAUUGUAGUUCUGACUUUCAUGUAACAACACUUUACUUCCUGCCACUUUUCUAUCAAGGCCAUUUUGUUUUUUUAGCGUCCAUAACUAAUAGCUGUCCUGUUAAAAUAUUCUCCCUCCUUUGCUGUUCAUCUUUGUAGCUCCUCUAUUAACCUUGGGUCUCUUGACUACUUCCCUGAUUAAUGCUUUCUCUAUCCGACUUGUCAGCGUAAACGGACAGUCAUGUAAUAAUAGGUUUGCAGUUGUGAACUUACUCUUUCCAUUUUGGAUGGUGGAUUGAACAGAGCUAAAGAUGUGUCUGAAGAUUGAGAUGCUGUUUUGUUGAACAGCUGUAUUUAUACCAACAAUAAAUCACACGCAGUAGGCUGCAGUUUUUGAUUAGAAAAUGUUUCAAUAAGCUACGUAUCAUUUUCUUUCAACUCUACAAAUAUCCACUCUUAAAGUUCGUGUUUGUAAUGCAACACAAUGUUAAACAUUUUAAAGGGUGUGAUUACUUUUGCAAGGCACUGAAUGUAUUCAGACCAUACAUGUAAAAGCCAUGAAGUUCUGUCUCAUCUGUAAAGCAGAGGAGGAGAUCUGUCUUUCCACGUUUAACACAUCCUAACAGCCAGUCUAAGGACACAACACUAACCCAACAUCUGCUGAAAGCUACAGGCACUGCUACCUAGUUUACUACUGAGCAUUGUCUCGGCCCUCUGCUUCACUGUAGUAAGCUGGCUCUUGUAAAUGGCGUGUGCGUUCAUGACGAUUAACAAUGACUGAAGUUGUAAAUGUGAGGCAUGAGAUAUGUGAGGAGUACACCAGUUAGUUGAUGGUUGCUGCGGUAACCCUCUUUUUCUUUAGUUUCAGGUCCUACCAUCCUUUUCUUCCUCUUGUCUGUAUAUACAAAAUUAUGUUUCUACAUUAGAAUGUUGUAAAGUCACCAGUUCCUUAAAGAUCUUAUUCAUACAACUCCUACCUUUUGAAAAUGUAAACUGUUUGUACUUCCCCCAUACUUCCCUUCAGUCAUGGCAAAAUUAACAUUCAACCGUGGACUAUGAUACCGAAAUGUUUCUUUCUUUUUUUUUUCUUUAGUUUUGCUUUACUUUAAUAUUGCAUAAGGUAAUUCCAGUCCAUUUCUAAAAAAAAAAAAAAAAAAGAUACGUAUUAAAGGUAAACUGUAUGAGAAAAUGUUAACAAAAUAAAGUUGUUUGAAGUCAGUGUUCUGUAUUUGAAUGUGACUUGAAAUGUUGGGGCAAGUAUCCCUUUUUCUUCUUUGGGGGGAACUCAGAACACACAGCAUCUCAAUGGUACUGAUGUGUUAAUCAUCAUGUAACAUGCAAAUAAAAAUAAUGUAUGUAUUGUUA